ACCUUUUCCAAACUCUCUUCCUCUAUAUAUAGAUCCUCAGACACUCAAUCCAUCACACUCACAAAUGACUUCAAAUUCUUGCAAUAUGCUGACUCUGCUAUUACUAUUGUCUUUCUGCUACAAUCCCAUUUCUGCCCUUAAAAAUGGGCUAGCAAGAACUCCUCAGAUGGGAUGGAACAGCUGGAACCAUUUUAGCUGUGACAUUCAAGAGAAUUUGAUUAAGGAAACAGGUGACAUCCAAAUAAUCUUUUCUUUUUUCAAUCACACAUUUUUUUUAAUUGUUUCUUCAACAGCUGAUGCAAUGGUGUCAUCUGGGCUUGCUGCUCUUGGCUACAAGUAUAUAAAUCUUGAUGAUUGCUGGGCUGAACUAAACAGAGAUGCUCAGGGAAACUUAGUUGCAAAAGCCUCAAAAUUUCCUUCUGGAAUCAAAGCACUGGCAGAUUAUGUUCAUGGGAAGGGACUAAAGCUUGGGAUUUACUCAGAUGCUGGAAAUCAAACAUGCAGCAAGCAAAUGCCUGGAUCAUUGGGAUAUGAAGAGCAAGAUGCAAAGACUUUUGCCUCAUGGGGAGUUGAUUACUUGAAGUAUGACAACUGUAACAACAAUGGCAUCAGCCCUAAGGAAAGGUAUCCUGUGAUGGCUAAGGCUUUGCUGAAUUCUGGGAGGAAAAUCUUCUACUCUAUGUGUGAAUGGGGGUUAGAAGAUCCAGCAACUUGGGCCAAGUCUAUUGGGAACAGUUGGCGAACAACGGAAGACAUUCGGGAUGACUGGAACAGCAUGACUUCGCUGGCGGACAAGAAUGACCGAUGGGCAAAGUAUGCAGGGCCGGGCGGAUGGAAUGAUCCUGACAUGUUGGAAGUUGGGAACGGAGGGAUGAGCAGCGAAGAAUAUCGGUCACAUUUCAGCAUAUGGGCACUGAUCAAAGCUCCUCUGUUGAUCGGGUGUGAUGUACGGUCAAUGGACAAAGUGACGGUGGAGAUUUUAAGCAAUAAGGAGGUGAUUGCUGUGAACCAAGAUAAACUUGGCAUUCAAGGGAAAAAGCUGAAGAAAUAUGGAGAUUUAGAGGUGUGGGGAGGAGCCCUGUCCAGAAACAGAGUAGCUGUUGCUUUGUGGAACAGAGGACCUUCAGUAGCAACUAUCACUGCUCACUGGUCGGACAUCGGCCUUAACCACACUAAACUCGUCGAUGCAAGAGACCUGUGGGCGCAUAAAACCCAGAAAUCGCUCAAAGGACAAAUCUCGGCUUCUGUAGCUUCGCAUGACUGUAAAAUGUAUAUUCUCACUCCUAAGUGACAACCUUGAGGAGGCUAAACUUAUAAUGAUGCAACAAAAUAAUUAUGACUA